UGAGUUCAAUAUCUCUUUUUAAACUUUGCUUGUUGCUUAGGGUUUGCUUCAUUCUCAAGCUGUUCAUUUGUCAGCAAGUUUCUUGCUCUUCAGUCUUCUUCUAGGGUUUUAAUAUAGUUCCCCCACCUAGAAACUUUAUUAUUUUCAACUUUCAGUUUGACCAAAGAAAAGAGAAACAGGAGAACUUGGGUUUUGUUUUGGUAUAUAGGAAAAUAGAGAGAAUAUAUGGAUGAGAGAGUAAGUGAUAGUGAUAAAAUGGAAGAAAUCAUGCUUCCUGGGUUCAGGUUUCAUCCAACAGAUGAAGAGCUUGUUGGGUUUUAUCUGAAAAGAAAGAUUCAGCAGCGCCCUCUCUCAGUAGAGCUGAUUAAGCAACUAGACAUCUAUAAAUAUGAUCCAUGGGAUCUUCCAAAACUGGCAACCACUGGAGAGAAAGAGUGGUAUUUCUACUGCCCCAGGGACAGAAAGUACAGAAAUAGUGCAAGGCCAAACCGAGUCACUGGAGCUGGAUUUUGGAAAGCCACAGGGACUGACCGCCCCAUCUAUUCCUCAGAAGGCAGCAAGUGCAUUGGGUUGAAGAAAUCUCUUGUGUUCUACAAAGGUAGAGCAGCCAAAGGGGUGAAAACUGACUGGAUGAUGCAUGAGUUUAGGUUACCUUCUCUCACUGACUCCGCGGCUACGCCACCAAAGAGAUUCCUCGACAAAUGCCUUCCUGCCAAUGACUCAUGGGCGAUAUGCAGGAUAUUCAAGAAAACUAACUCCACAGCUCAAAGAGCUCUUUGUCAUUCGUGGGUUUCUCCAAUACCUGAAACAUCAUCAAUAUCAGAUAUGCUUAGAGGUUCAGAUACUCCUCAACUUUCUUCAGACAACAUAUCCUUGACACCCAAAACCAGUUCAUCACCAGUCCAGUUUAACCUUAUCAGUAACACUGACCUACUACAGGCAUCUUCUGCUGCAUUUUCUCCUUUAGACUUUGUCCCUUACAAGCCCCUCUCCCAGAUGGCUCCUCAACUUCCCAUCUCCAAUGGAGACCUAACCAGCCUCAUUUUUGCACCUCUUGAUCAAACCCCAUCACCUGCAAAAUCCGCAGUUGAUGUUACUUCCGUGUUGCUUAACAUGUCAUCUUCCAUGCUUGGAGAAUACGAUAGUACUGUGCACUUCCAUGGCGGAUCGCAAGAUCAUUGCAAUGGCUUCUCUUCAGGGACAUUGCCCCACGGGAUCCAAGGGAACAUGGUGAUCAAUAAUGAAGAUCAUGAAAAUGCACUACUUAAAAACCUGAAUGUCACCCAUGUUGAUGAUCAGUGGGAUGGUAUUAGAUCCAUUGGAUUUCCUUUCAGUUUGCCUUUACCCAUGAGUGUGGCGGAUGCUUGGAAGCCAAGCAUGCCUUGAGAUUCUUCAUGUUCUAGUGAGAUGUCAACAAGUUUUUCCUCCGCCAAAUGUCACACUUGACUUGAUCUACUUGAUAUAAACUUUUCCCACUUUAGAAUUUAACAUGUAGAAUCGUUUUGUAGGCAUAUUAAAUUGUUUCAUUAUUUUGAGAACGGAAAAUUUUAUUGUUAAAUUCUUAAUUAGUAAAAUAAAACACAUAAAUACAUGCA